UACGCGCCCUCUAUAGGCUCUUCCGCAAUAAAUCGUCGAGACGACAAGCGGCAGCUGCACUUGGCGGUAGAUUUCAAAUUACUUUUUAGAAGUUUGUUUUAAAAUUCUUAGUUAAGAAGAAUGAAAUACGAUUCAGAUGCCAAUGGAAAGAGUGAUGGUGAUUCUAUAAAAGUAUUCCUAAGAAUUAGGCCUCCUUCAGAUAUUGAUCUGAUUCAAGGCAAAUGUCUUGAGGUGAGCCCACCAGAUACAGUGUGUGUCCAGGCUGUAAAACCAGAAAAGAAGGCCUACAGAUUUGACCAUGUGGCUGAUGAAGGCACUACUCAGGAAUCUGUGUUUGCUGCUGUUGGUAAGAAAACUGUUGAGAGCUGUAUUGCUGGCUACAAUGGCACGAUAUUUGCUUAUGGUCAAACAGGAUCUGGAAAGACAUUCACAAUGAUGGGGCCAUCGGAGCAGGAAAAUUUUGAACACCCACUACGUGGGGUUGUACCCCGUAGUAUUGAUUACAUCUUUCAUCUAAUUGACAGAGAAAGAGAAAAGCGUGGAGACCAGUUUGAGUUCCUCUGCAAGUGUUCGUUUCUGGAAAUCUACAGGGAACAAGUCUUCGAUCUCUUGGAUCAUGCUUCGAACUGUCUCCAGCUGCGAGAGAAUGUCAAACGUGGCGUUUAUGCUGAUGGACUGAUCGAGACGGCUGUUAAUAACCCUCAAGAUGCCUACCAGGUGCUUUCUAAUGGUUGGAUCAAUCGCCGUGUGGCUGCUACCUCAAUGAAUCGUGAAAGUUCUCGGAGUCACGCUGUCUUGACACUCUCCAUUGAAACAAAAGAGAAACGUGGAAAUGUGAGCAACAUACGUGUCUCCCAUCUUCACAUGGUUGAUCUAGCAGGCAGUGAACGCCAGAAAGAUACACAUGCUGUCGGUCAACGUGUUAAGGAAGCUGGGAGCAUUAACUCAUCGUUGUCAGUGUUAGGUCGGGUCAUUACGGCUCUGGUUGACAUUGGACAAGGCAAGAACCGAUACGUACCAUACCGGGAGUCCAAGCUGACUUUUCUUCUGAGGGAUGCACUCGGUGGUAACACCAAAACAUUCAUCAUUGCUAAUGUUCAUCCUGGAAUGCGCCAAAUUGGAGAAACUAUUUCAACUUUAAAUUUUGCAAGAAGAGCAAAAAUGAUCAAAAAUAGGGCUGUGAUUAAUGAAGAUACACAAGGAAGCGUGCUACAGCUCAAUGCUGAGAUAAAGAGACUCAAAGAUCAACUGAGCCAGUACACUACCGGCGCUAUAGCAGCUGGUCUAGUCGAUAACACAGAAGUCAGACCUGGUCCAUCAAAGGGAGGUGAUGCAAACAAGUGGCAGACUUGUUUUUUUGAAGCAAUGUUGCUCUGGGAGAGAAGUGACUUAGCCAACAAGACAAUGGCAAGAAGAAUAUCACAGCUACAGAAUGUGUGCAAGAAGAAGGACAAUUUCCUGAUGUCGAAUAAGAUGGUUAUCAAACUACGAGAGAGCGCCCUCAAUCGGCUACAAGAAGCACAAAAGGAAAAGCUGCCAUUAGACGAUAGAGACAACAGAAUUGAAGAUUUACAGAAGGAGAUUGAGCUAUUGAAAGAGCAGUUAGACCACAACCCCACCGUUGCUAAGUUUGCCAUGGAGAACUCGCAUCUGCGCACAGAACUAAAAAGCCUACAAGCAUCCGAGUCUGUUUUAAAAAUGAAUCAAAUGACAGCCCAGCAGAAAGACCAGCUGCAGAAACAAUUCCAAGAACUGACCGCUGAGAUUGAUGAAUUAAAGAAAGUUGGUACCACGCCUUCCAGCGCUUCUCAAGCAAGGGAUGGCAACACAGCUGUUGCUACAGUUGAGCGUUUCAAGUCUCAAAUUGACAAGCUGAACACACAACUAAAUGCUGCAAAACAGGAGCUAUCAGAACAGGAGGAGCUCUACAAACGUAAGCAGAUUGACAUUGAGUCGCAGCUUGCAGCGGAGCAUAAGACAAAUAAGGAAUUACAGCACGCCCUCGACGCCAUCAAGUUGGCGAGUAAGAUGGAGAGAGAUGAACUUAAUGGUAUACAUCUGCAGACCAUUAAGACUAUAACCACACCAAAGAAGGCAGGCUACCACCUUCGAUCUAGGCUGAUCAUGCAAGCUAAGGGCCAAACUCCAGGUACACCUACCGCAGCAUUGCCAGCACUCAAGCUGGAUGAGGAAGAUGACGGAAUCCUGGAGGAAAAGAUGCCGGAUCACAUGAUUGAACAAUGCAAUGAAGCAUUGAUGGACCAGGUUAAGAAGUUACAGAACAAAAAUAAUGAACUAUUACAGCAAAUUGAGAAAAGUGACACAGAGCGUAUCAAUUUGAAACAGACGGUAUCCAAGCUGGAACUACAAAUGGAACAGCUUAAUCAGAUGCUUGAUCAAGGUCGAUCUGAUUGGCAGACUGAACAACUUCAAUUAACCAAUCAGAUUAGCUCUUUGACAACACAACUGGAGACAGUCACCAAUCAAUUUGAAGUUGCUAAAUAUGAAUAUGAGGACUUCAAAGUAUUACUUCCACUGGCCUACAAAGAACUUGAUCAAAAGAAGAAUGCACACGAACUCAUUGAGAGAAAGACCACAGAAGACAUGGGUAUACUACAGGCAAAGAUUUGUGAUCUGGAACAUGAUAUCACAACAAAACAACGAGAGCUGGAUGAUCUUCAAGAAGAACAUGACAGACUACAGGAUGACAAUGGAGCAUUACAGGCAGAAGUAGCAGUGAAUGAACAACAGGUAGAGAACCUACAGACACAGCUCAACAACAGAAACCAAGAAUACUCUCAGCUUGAAGCAGAGGUCCAGUCACUACUUGAAAAGUUGGAGUUAGAGAUUCAGAAAAGCAGCUUGCUGAUGAGGGAGAUGCACAACCAGGAUUCAGAACAGAAGCAGCAAUUAAUAGAGGCUUUGGAGGAGAACUCACAGCUCAGGGAAGCUAGUAUUCACAGCAACCAACUAUGCAAAUCACAGCAAGAAGAAAUUGAGAAGACAAGAAACGAAUUUGUCACCGCACAGACCACCAUUGCAGCCAUGACCAAGCGAACGGAGGAAGAUAAGGAAGCCAUUUCAAAUUUAAUGACGACUGUUCAACAGCUGAGGACAGAUAAACUGAAGUCCGAUAGUGAAUUAGCAUCAGUUGUAUCGACUGUACAGGAUCUUCAAACACAGUGUGAUGAAUUGAAAACAGUUGAAGAACAACAAAAAAACAAAGUACAGGAAAUGGAGGAGAAUAUGACAAGGAAGGAGGAGGAAAUACAAUCCCAUAAUGCAGCACACAAUAUGGAGAUGGAGAUGUUGAAAGAAGAUCUGGAGGAGGCUGUACUACAGGCUGAUGACCUGAGAGAGGCACUCAGUAAGCAAACUCAGCUGGCAGAGGUACAACUACAAGAACAGACUAACAAACUCCAAAAAAUGAUAUCUAUAAAGGAGCAAAAACUGGCUGAGACAGUUCAGAUGUAUGAAGAGAAAUUAAAUACGAUAGAGAAUAGCCAGAGGUCAACAGUGAAUGAGACUGCAGAGGUCCAAGCCCAGGCCAACCAGCUACAGGUACAAAUUGACCAGCAAGCCGCUGAGUUGAUAGCUCUGAGGGAUAGCCAGACCAAGGCCCGGGAGAUGAUACAACAAUCUGAAUACAGCAGAGAGGAAAAGAACAAAGAAAUCAGCUUGCUUAAGGAGCAAUUGACAGAAAUUGGAGAACUACGGACAGAAAAUGAGAGAUAUAAAAAUAAAUGUUCUGAAUUGGAAACUGAAAUAGAAGAAAAUAAGGAAAGGUUUGUGGAGAUUCAUGUGUUAACAGAGGAGCUGCGGGGUGAAGCAGACAGAGCUAACUUUGGGUUUGACAGCUCCAACAAGAUCAAGGAUGAAGUGAUAGAGGAGAAGAUGGGACUAUUGAAAGAAAUAGCUGACAUGAAGGUACUGUUGAAAGAAAUGGAAGAAAGCAAAGGGCAACUAGAGGGAGAGUUGGAAAGAACCCGAGCACUUGAAUACUCAGCAUUUGAAAAGAAACAAGAUCUUGAAUCUAAACUGGAACAAAUUAUAGAAGAGAAGUCCAGACUGCAGCAGGAUCUUGAGAAAACAAAGAAAAACAAUGAGACACUAAGCACAGAGAAUGCCAAACUUGUCGGCCACCAAAAUAUAAAGCAGAAGAUCCAACAUCAUCUACAGAUCAAGAAAGAGAACAACCAGUUAAAAGAGGAAAUCGCAAGGCUCAGUGCUGAGAUGUUGGUGAUGAAACAAGAAUCUGACGGAAGUAAACGAAAGAGGCAUUGUAGCCGCCGCCAGGAAGACGAACAACAACCAUCCACACUCAAGGAAAACUCAACUCCCCACUUUGUAGUAAUUUAGGAACAUAUUAGGAAUAGCACUGUGUUAUACUACAUGGACAACAUAUUUGUUCUGAACUAUAGUCUACCUCAUCUGCUAUAUAUAUAUAUUGGAGGAGGUAGGACAAUCCUGUACAUUUUCAUUGAUAAAUAUCACAUGGUACAGAUCAGGGUCAUGUCUUUUUAAUACAACAGUGGUCAACUUUAUCCAAUUUUAAAGUUUAAAAUCAUGUGAAAGUUUCAAUGUAAUAAGUUUUCAUUGAUAGUUUUUAAAGUGUCUGAAAAUUGAUAAAUAACAAAUUUAAUUGUAUUUUACAGUAUUCUAAACUUUUUUUUGUUACAUUGUUUUGUGCAGUUGUAUAUACAAGUAAACGUUUAAAACUGUAGUAUAUUUUAGGAACUGAAAUCAUGGCAGAAAUUCAACUCUUAAAGUCAGACUCUGUUCCUGGAUUAUGUUUAUCUAAUAGUGAACUUCAUUAACAGUCUCCUAUCCUAUCCCACCCACUCCAUUUCUUCUUAUUACCGCUUCUUAUGUUGAACAUGUUAUUAUGUGACUACAGACAUUAUUUUUAUUACACUUUUUGUCUUAGAAAAUUGAAGUACUGUUGUGUGAUUUUAUAGUAGGCCUGGGUUAGACGCCCAACCAUCAAACUCUUAUGUUUUAAAUAAUAUUACUUUCUGAUUACUUAUAAUUGUAAGUUUUUAUUAUGUGGAAAGUGUCAUGAAUGCAAGUGAAAUCCUAACUACUCAACACUGUUUACACAAUGUUCAUAUACAAUCAAUUA